GACAGUCUCUCGGCGGACUCUGGACGAGCAGGUGGGGGCGACCAUGGCGGAGCACAGAGUACCUGAGGAAGCUAAACCAUGGCUGGAAGGGUCGGAAAAAUUGGAAGGCGGAGAAAUAGUCUGCGAAAAGGAAACCAGCAAGUUACAGGACGCAAAUGGCCCAACGACGGAAGGGGAAGAUAAGCCAAAAAUUAGUCGGCAGAUCGCGGCGUCCGUCGCGGCCGGCUUCUUCCACCUGGUGGCGGGGCUGACGCUCGCCUUCUCCGCCAGCCUGGUGCCGCAGCUGGACCGCGGCGAGGGCGACCUGCGCAUCGGCAAGCAGGACUCGCCCUGGCUCGUGAGCGCGGUGGUGCUGGUGGUCCCAGUCGGGGCGAUGGCGGCGGGCCUGCUGAUGGAGGCCGCGGGCCGCCUCAACACGCUCCGGGUCGCCGCGCUGCCCGCCGCCGUCGGCUGGGUCGUCAUCGCCACCGGCCAGAGCUACGUGGCGCUCCUGGUCGGCAGGGUGCUCACGGGGAUCUCCAUGGGAAUGGGAACGAGUUCUGGGAUCGUGUACAUAACUGAGGUCGCAUCUCCGUCCUACAGAGGCUCUCUCAUCUCUGUUUGCCCGUCGCUGGUGUCUUUAGGGAUGCUGGUGUCGUACGCGCAAGGCUACCUGCUGUCGUGGCGCACGGCGGCCUGGGCGGCGGCGGGCGUCUCGGCGCUGUCGGCGCUCGUGGUGACGGGCUGCGUGCCCGAGUCGCCGCUGUGGCUGGUGUCCCGGGGCCGCGCGGACGAGGCGGAGCGCGCCCUGCGCUGGUUCGCGGCGCGGCAGAGCCGGUUCCCGCAGCACCAGCUGGCGGCGAUGAUACGGUCGCAAGACUUGAAGUCGCAGGAGGACAAGAGGCUCUUGCAGCGGCUCCAGGGCUUCCUCAGGCCGACCGGCUACAAACCUCUGACGAUCCUCGUGGGGCUGUUCUUCUUCCAGCAGUUCUCGGGCAUCUACUGCACGCAGUUCUACGCCGUCAACUUCUUCGAGGACGUCGGCAGCGGGAUCGACCCGUCCCUGGCGACCGUGUUCAUGGGCGUGGUCCGCAUCGCAAUGAGCUUCUUCAGCAGCUACCUGCUGAAGCGAUUCGGCCGACGACCACUGUGCAUUACGAGCAGCCUGUGCAUGGCGGCAAGCCUUAUCGUUUCCGGUAUUUUCACCUGGAAGAUAUUCUACGAAGGCGCGCAGGGCGUGAGCUGGGUGCCGGUGGUUGGCGUGCUGCUGUACGUGCUGGCCAGCAUGUCAGGCAUGCUCAACAUCCCGUGGACACUCACGGCAGAGAUGUUCCCCUCGGAAAUCCGCAGCCUGGGUCACGGCGCGGUCGUCUCCUCGGGCCACCUGCUCAUGUUCGCUGCCAUCCAGACGUACCUGGGGCUGCAGGCGCUGCUGGGCGGCGCGGCCCAGCUGCAGUGGUUCUACGCCGGCGCCGCCGUCGUCGGCGCCGUCUACGUCUACCUGUUCCUGCCCGAGACGCGCGACAAGAAGCUGGCCGACAUACAGCCGUGCUUCGAGACCUCCUGGCUGUAUGACUCGCAUGCCAGGAGCGCGUCCCAGGCCAACGGCCUCGUCUAGCUGCCACAUGUCGCAGGUGUUUGAUUGAUUGUCCUAAAGCCAUCUUUCUUAAAUAUUAAGAUAUACGGCUUCUAUGGCACACUCUUGCCGAGACAAGACACGAUGACAAAUUUGCAUGGUGUUCCACACAUACUUGCAAGGUUUGCUCAACCCUAUUCCUAAUGUGCCAGUUAUCAUGUGCAUUAAUGGUCUUCACACAUACCCAACAAAGCCCCAGCUUUGUAUUAAUUUUUUAAAAAUAUAUAUGUCAAAGGGCCUAACAUUAUUUAUGAAUUAAACCUUGGUUUUUACACGCAAUUCUCAUAUAAGAUGUAUAUCACACUUCAGUUGAAUUAAUUAAUGUUAAUAGAGGCAGGCAACCAGUCUCACAUUGGUGCACACGGUGAAGAUUAAGUAAAAUCUAUCUCCCCACUCACCACAUAGUGGAGAUCCAGCAGCUUGUUAAGGCGGAAAACUGAUGUCUAUCACAGAAAACGUUAUUUUAUCAUCCUUAGUAGCUAGCAAAUAGGAGGGGGGGGGGGGGGGGGGGGGUUAUGUUUCAGGCCAUGAAUUUCUCUCCCUAAGAUCUGCGUCUGUGAAUCACUAUCCUGCUGUCAGCCACUCGUGAAGUAAAAGUCCACUGGGAAAUGUAUGUGUGUGUGUGUGUGUGUGUGUUUUUUUUUUUUCCUAAACUAGAAACAUGCUAUCAGACAAACUAUGAAUUAUGUACUAUUUCUUAAUAUUAUUGUCUCCUUUUAUGUGAAUUAUUAAAUGCAGUUUGCUGUCACUCGAGGUCUCGGGUUCGGGACCCGGUAUGAGCCCAGUGAUUGCUGGCGGAGAUUAUUUAGUUCUUUUCUUUAUGAGGGGGCGCCAGACUAGCUGUUGUGAUUGCAUGGGUCGUCAGCCCCAGCGUGGAUCACUGGACUCGCGGCGAUUAUUAAUUUAUAAACCUUACAAGAGCUUUCCAAAUAAAGCUCGUUCAGGCACACGGUUCUUACACAGUAAAUAUGAGUCUUCUCCUACAUAAAUUACCUGUUGUUUGUUGUGGCAGCUGCAACACUAGGGUCAAUGUCACCACACACAAUAAUUAUUAUCGUCUGUCGCCGUUAACGUGUGCUGUCGAGCGCAAUCGCGAAUGUUGUCGUCCUUGUCAAGAUGCACAGUUAUGUUCUUUACCGCGGGACGGAGCGUCCGCCCUAGGCCGCAUUCUGUUGGCUACUGCCUCGCGGCAGCAUCGCGAGCUUCCUCCGUGCGGGCCGCGAGAGGGGUGCGUUCCGCCAGCAGGAUUCGGUGCUGACGGGGUGGGGACCGGGCUUUACCGCCGCAGGAGGCUCGACGUCAAGUUUAGUAAAAGUCUUCGUCCAAGGCACACUGUUCCACUUGUGUCUGUAGCUGGCCUAUGUUUUGAUAUUUUACAUUAGAUUAAAUUAUUUUGAGAGAGGUUAGGUGAUAAUGAUAACAUUUUUAUUCAUCAUGGUUAAAUAUUUUCAUAUCUCCUGUAAAACAAACUAAAAUUGUAAAUCCAUCCUAAUAUUCCUUAUCCAUAGCAAUACACCAAUAUGAAUACAUAUAUGUGUUAUUAAAUGCUAUCCUGUAUAAAAUGAAAAGCAGUAACAUAACAUUGUAAGAAUAUGUGUAAAUUUCUGAUGUUAUGCAGUGCCUGCCCAUCGUCCAGACGCCAUCACAUUUUCAAUGUCUUCCACCCUGAAAACCAGAAAUGCUUAUUUUUAAAAAUAAAAAUUGAAAACAAAAAGGUUGGAAAAUUAAAAGUUUUAAAGACUGACUGUUGACAAAGGCACAUUUUCUGUGUAGUAAAUCAAGGUUCAAGUUUUCCACAAAAAAAAACCUCAAGGUUAAUUAAUCAACAUGUAGUUCAUACAUUUAAAUGUAUGCUACAGAAUAUAUUGCAAAAAAAAAAAAAAUACUGCACACAAACCAUUUAGAAAACUCAUUACACUUACUACAGAUGGAGGGAAAAUGGAGUGGAAUAAUGAAUGAGUAGAUUUACUUACAAGAAUAAGUAUAACUUACGUGCGCGGUACUUUAGUUAAGUUCUCAGCACCAUCAGCAGUCACUAAGAUGUCGUCCUCAAUGCGGACACCACCAAAUUUACGGAAGCGCUGAAUCUCUGCAGGCACCAGGAACUCUGAGAGCUCUGGGCUUGCGAGUGCUCUGUCGAGUUGCUGAAACACCACAAGCACAUGUUAACUGAGUCAGUCGCUUUCAGGUCAUGUUCCAGUUAGCAGCUUUUGUAGACAAAAUGGUCAAACACCAAUUCCACCCCUCAAAAUAAGGGAAGCAUACAACAUACAAGCACCCUAUCCAGAGAUUACUUGUGUCUGUUAAUCCACGCACAAAACCUUUGAGCCGCAGAUUCCACAACCUCCCCUUGCGAAUCCUACAAAUUUGUGCCCUUGGGACCACUCACGUCUUACUAAACCAUUCCAGGUUUUGAAACCUUGCCUGUCAGUGGAUGUUGAAGUGGGAAUAUAGGAUUAUUAGGUUCUCCAUUUUACCCCUCCCCCUUCCCUGGCAAUCGAUAACUGUUCCACCUGAGACCUGUGCUACAAAUGAUAUGUUGCAUCACAAGAGGUCAUUUCCAAUUGAGAUAAAUGGGUUAUUUCUCUUUGUAGUCCAUGGAUACAACAAACUUUUAUAAAUUUGUCACUUGAUACUUUUUUCACAGAACACAAAAGAAUAAAAAAAAAUAUAAUUAACUAAAAAAUGCACCUCCUAAUUGAAAUUUCUACAUACUACAUAUGUGGUUUAAACUACCAAACUGUCUUGUAAAUUGGCAUUACUGACACUACAUGCAGUACAAGAAUCUACCUAAUUAGACUUAAUAGUAAAUACUAUUUAGUAAUUACUAGGCCUACAUAAAAAUUAGUCUUAAAUUUUUUUUAAAUCUUUCAAGGAUUAUUAAGGGCCAUGCCUACUUGCAUGCUUUAACAGUGUGCAGAGCUUCACAAAAAAGCUACACAAUUUAAAAAACAGCUCACAAUAUCCUGGUGGCAUCUGUUUGCCAAAAGUAUUUGGGAAUACUCUUGAGGGCUGAUGAGUAGUACUGUUUCCAUAUUACAUUUUUAAAUUGUAUUUUUAAAAGAGGGAAAGUUACUCAAAUGUGCAUUUUCAGAAUAGCACCUGGUGCAGAUUCUUGAAAGCACUCAAGGGACUCGCAUUACACCUUUAUCUUCAUUUUUCAACCAUAUAAUGUUAUGGUCACCGCUUCUCUAUGGGAAGACUGUGCACCAACUUGGAGGCUAUGCUGCACUAGAAGCACUAGCGAGCGUUGCCUCACUCAGCCGGGCACUUGAGCGAGUGGACGCACCACGUCGAUGAAGUAGCAGCCCGGCUCGAUGGUGAGGACCAUGCCCUCCUCCAGCACUCGAGCGGUGCGCAGCUUGCACAGGCCCGGCUGUGUGGGGCGUGGGGGUGCCCCCGGGAGGUAGCCGCCCACGUCAUGCACGUCCAGCCCCAUCAGGUGUCCCAGGCCGUGCGGCUGGAACACCUCCGCCAGGCCGGCCUGCGCAACACGGCCGCGUCCCGUCACUCGCAGUCGGACACAAGGUGGUUCACUGUAGAUGUACAAGUCUUAGAUAUCUAGCCGGUCAUUAGUGAUGGACCAAUGUAAAUCGUUUUCAUUUCGGUAUCGGCCGAUAUUCCCGAUUUUCUGAAUUUCUGACGUAAUUGUUUCCAACCGAUACUUAAAAAAACUGAAGCAUAUGAAAAAAGUACCUACAGUUAUUAAUUUUAUCCAUCAGGUGUAACCCAUCUUUUCCUAUAUUCCAUUUCGUCUGUAAUUUAAAGCUAUAAUCAAAUAUUGUGUUUGUUAAUUAUUCAAUCACAAAUUUUUUGCUGAAAAUUGAUUUUUUGUCAUCAAUAAAUAAUCCUUUUAAUAUAGAAUUUUGUUAAGGUACAAACUUAUUAAUUACAAAUAUUCAACUUCUUGUGACUUGCACUGUGAUUCUUUAAAAAAAAGUAUUGUACUGUUUUUGUAUCAAUUAUCAUAUUUGUUAAAGAAAUGCUUCAUUUGUCAAAUUGGUAUCUGUUUUUAUCCGUAUUGUCUCAUCACUACCAAUCAAUGCAAUAUAUCACAAACCAUAUAAACUAGGGAUGCACUGAUUCAAAUGUGAAUUAAUUUUAGUCUAGUCUUUUAGUAAAAUAUUCUGGUUGCAAAAUACCACAGAUAAAAUUAGCAUUGAGAAAGUGUUGACUGUGAACGCAACACUUUGCAUGCCUGGGAAAAGUAUUAAGUUCAAUAUUGCUGUUGGAUGUACGUGAUGCCACAUCCUUGGCUACUAACUGAAGCUGGUUGUUACAAAACCAUGUUUUUAUAAACAUAAUCCAAAACAGGUUCCUUUGCAAUUACUAUUAUGUAUUUUCUUGCAACCUGCAUUAUAUUUACAAUUGCAGCAUGAUGCAAGUUGCAAAGAAAUAAAGCUUUUUUUUUUAAUUGUAGAAAGAAUGCAUCCAAUUUUGUAUUUUUGGAAUUAAAUUGAUUAUAUACAUA